AUGUUAUCCAAAUAUAUUUUAAUUCUCAUAUCAAUCACCAACACAUGUGCUGAGGAAGAUAUAGCUAUAACUGUGUCACCCGGAGCAUUUUUCGAAGAAAUCCAAGAAGCCAUCUUAUACGACAAAAGUAUUCCUCUGGUAUACACGCAAGAAAUCCAAGAUAACAAUUCAAACAACAUAAAUUAUAGCUGGGGGGUACAAAAAUAUUGUACAAAUAAAAACACCAAUUAUUGUAAUAUUAUGAAAGAAACGUUAGAAAUCCUAACUACCAUAAAUAAAAAUAUAGAGGACAACGACAAAGAUAUAUUAGAGAUCAUAAACCUCAACCUUAAAAAUAAUAGAUCAAAGAGAGGCAUACAAUUAUUCGGGAACCUGUACCAUUUCUGUUGCAAUAUAGCUACUGAAAAACAAUUGAAAAAUAUUUAUACGAACGAAGAAGCGUUAAAUCAACAAAUUAAUAAAUUUAAAGAUGUUUUCGUGUCAGAUCAUAGGGAUUUAAUUAAUAUUACAACCGAAUUAAACAAAUAUACUAAAAACACAAAUAAUAAUAUAAAACUGUUAAAAGAAAACUUCAUCAAAUUCACAAAUGAGGAAAAAACCAAUAAUUUAAUAGAAAAAACAAACCACGAAAACACAAUUCAAGGUAUCCAAGAAAUAAUAUACAACCUCAUGAAAAUAAUAUUAAAAUUCACAAAUUAUGAAAGAGACACUAGUACUCACUUACACUGUAAGUUACAAAAAAUACCACCAAGAAUAAUAGAGUCCAAAACAUUGUAUAAUGACCUCAUAAAACUAGAAAACACAAUAAAAAAAGAUGGGUACGAACUGACCAUUCCGUGGGAAAAUCUUUCAGCGUAUUAUAAUUUACCUAUAGCUGAGUGUCAAUUUUCAAAAACAAAAAUUCUAAUAAAAGUAAAAAUACCGAUCCAAGAAAGAUUUGCUAAAUGGAAAUUGUACCAAUACAUACCGAUACACUUCAAAUUUCAUGACUCUGUCUGUCUGAUACAUUCAGAAAAAACAUAUAUCGCAAAUAAUUAUAUAAAUUACGAACAUAGGAUUAUUUCAGGAAUUGGACUACAACAUUGUGAUCCACCCAUUACUGAUUUAUGUUACAUCCCAAAAUUCUCGUCCGAUAUCACCCUCUCACCAAAAUGUGUAGAAGCAAUAUUUAAGAACCUACCAUUAGACGUAAUUAAUCAAUACUGUUAUUUUCAAUGUGUUAAACAACAAGUUGAAGAUUCUACAAUAAUUAAACAAAUAGGAAUACACACCUAUGCACUAACAAACCCACAGCCAACUCUAAAAAUAAAAAUUGAAAAGUUAAAUACAACAAUUAUAAAAGAACUUAACAUAAACUAUAGCUAUCCAGGGUUAAUUAAAAUAUCGUUCCCAUGUAAUUAUGAAUUAUUAAAGGACGAAAAGAUUUUAAUCCCAAAAAUGUACCCAUGUGAAUCUAAUAACCUAAACAAAUUCAAAAUUAAUAGAAUAUUACCAGUAUCUUGGACAAAAAUUAAGUCAUUAAAAACCAAUUAUGAAGAAACCAAAGAUAAUAAUAUGUACUUUACCAAUAUGUCAGAAAUAUUAAAUACAGAUUGGACCAAACAAAUACCAAACAUAGAUAAAUACUUAAAUGAUAUCAUCCUAAAAAAAAUUAAACAACCAUUUGUAGAUGAAUUCUUAGGAGACAUCAUAUACUUAACAUGGCUAACAAUCCUCACAAUCACAAUAGGUUUCAUUAUUUACAAAAUUUAUCCUGUAAUAAUUAAAAGCGAAUUUAUGACCUUGCCACCACCAAUUCCACCCAGAAUGAUACUAAAAAAAAAUAUAUUAAUAAAAGACUCAAUACAUAUUAUAUACAAUAUACAUAAAUAUUUAUACCCAUUUAUUUAG